AGAAGAAGCUCAAAGCUCCAAGCUUUGGCGGCCUCCUUCCGCCAUAGCCGUCGAUUCAAGAGCAAAUUCGAAAUCCCCAACACAGAAGCGCAACAAUGGAGAAAAGGGAGUUGAAGCAGAGCCAUCUUGCCCAGCAAUGGAAGGAGGUUUUGGGUUCUGACGGUUCGACCCGGAAUGUGCAGCUCCUGACCCGAUUCCAAGAGCUCCAGGACUACUUUGACUCGGAACGGAACUCGCUUCUGACCCGAAACCGAGAGAUUGAGGACCGGGAGAAGGAAUGGGAAGCUAAAGUUUUAAACUUUAACUUGGAAGUGGAAGCGAAAGCCCGAAAAUUGCAGGAAAUCGAGAGUUUGGCAGAGGAGAAAGGAAAAGAGGUUGAGUUUAAAACUAUAAACUUGGUCUCAUUCAGAAAUCAAUGGUGGAAUGCUGUAAUACACUCGAAUCGAAAGAAGAAGUCAUCGGGGCAAUGGAGAAGAGGACCCGUAAACUCGCAGCGAAAAAGAGGGAACUUGAAGGAUUGGUUGAUAAGCUCGAAUUUAGACGGAGACAAGUUGAGAAACUCGGUUUGGUUGAUAGCACGGUCACUGAAUGCCUGAAUGAGGUUCAAUUGGAAGGAAAGCAAUUGCAUUCGCGUGAAAGGUCGUUGCAAGGAUGUUCCGGUGGAGUUGAAAACAAAGAGAGAAUUGAAGAACUGGCCAAAGAGCUUGAGUUGGAACGAAAACAAAUUGAUUCAGUGAUUCAAGAACGCCGACAACAUUUUGAUUCACAAGAAAAGAUGUUAACAGAAGGCUCCCAUGGACUUGAAAUGAAAAAGAGGCAACUUGAAGAAAAGGCCAAAGAGCUUGACUUGAAACAAAAACAGUUUGAUUCGGUGAUUCAGGAGCGCCAAAAGCAUUUGGAUUCACAAGAAAGUUCGUUACAAGAGCGUUCCUGUGCACUUGAAGUGAAGGAUAGGCUACUUGAGGAUCAGAUCAGAGAGUUUGAAUCAAAGCAAAAACAGUUAGAUUUGAUGAUUCAAGGACGACAACAACGUUUGGAUUCCCAAGAAAAGAUGUUACUAGUAAGUUCCCACGGACUUGAAAUGAAAGAGAAGCAACUUGAAAAACAGGCCAAAGAGCUUGAGUUGAAACAAAAACAGUUUGAUUUGAUGGUUCAUGAACACAAGAAGCAUUUGGAUUCACAAGAAAAGUUGUUACAAGACUGUUUCCAUGAACUUCAAAUGAAAUGGUGGCAAGUUGAAGAACAGGCCAAAGAGCUCGAGUUGAAACGAAAACAAUUUGAUGCAAUGGCUCAAGAAAGCCAGAAGCAAUUCAUUUCACAGGAAAAGUUGUUACAUGAAUUCUCCACUGGACUUGAAAUGAAAGAGAGGAACCUUGAAGAACAUGUCAAAGAGUUUGAGUCAAAUCAAAAUGUUUUUGUUUCGAUGAUUCAAGGAGACCAACGACAUUUGGAUUCCCAGAAAAAAUGGUUGCAAGAACGUUCCCAUGGACUCCAAAUGAAAGAGAGGCAAUUUGAAGAACAAGUCAAAGAGUUUGAAUCAAAACAAAAACAAUCUUAUUCACUGAUUCAAGAACGCCAACAACAUUUGGAUUCACAAGAAAAUUUGUUACAGGAAAGUUCACAUGGACUUAAAUGAGAGAGAUGCAACUCCUAGAACAAGUCAAAGAGCUUGAAUCGAAACAGAAAGAAUUUGAUUCGAUUAGAAAAUCCACGGAGGAACACAUCCAAAACCUGAAAUCCAAGGAGAAGACUAAUGUCCAUCCUGAAGUGGAUAAUGAUCAGCAAUUGCUAUGUACCCCUGCUACCAUUAUCAAUAGGGAUGGAAGAGGCUUGCAGUUGCUCAUGAAUGAGCAUUUGAAAAGAAUUGAUUUAGUUGGCACUGAAAUCUCAACUGUUCUCCAGGCGUCAUCUGACCCAGCAAAACUAGUUUUGAAUGCAAUGCAAGGGUUUUAUCCUUCAAAUUUGACUGGAUACAACUCAGAGACGUCUGAUUAUGAUUUGAGAGUUAUUAGGAGGAGUUGUAUUCUUUUGUUACAGGAGUUGAAGAUAUUCUCACCACAAAUAAGUCCUCAGGUGAGAGAAGAUGCAUUGAAUUUGGCAGCUGAUUGGAAGGCUAAGAUGACGAUGGCAAGCGAGAAUGAUAUGGAGGUUUUGGGCUUUUUGAAGCUUGUUACUGUGUAUGACAUCACAACUGCUUGUGAUCCAAAGGAGGUUCAUAGUCUUCUCGCUAUCGUGGCUCAGCAUGGACAAGCAACUGAGUUAUGCCAGGCACUUAAGACCACAAACAAGGCACCCGCGAGCAACAGCAUUUCUUUCCCCGUCAAAGUUGAGGAACCAGAAUCUUCACCGGUUAGAAAUGUACUUACUUCAUCUUCUCCAAAUCUUCAACCUAGUGCCACUACAGAUGCAACAAAUAUGCAGGGCUCUCUAAACGAGCAUUCAAGUGGUAACCCACCAAUGCAGAAUGAAAUGUUUGUUGCCCUACAAAUGUCAUUGCACCCGGAAAAACUUGCUUUCAAGUUGAUGAAAACUCAUUUGGAUCAAUGCUGGGGGAACAGAGAUGUUGGUCUUGGAGCAGUUGUCAUGGAGAAUACCAUUUCCCUGUUGAUUGAUCUAGCAAAAGUCACACCUCUUGUUGGAUCUGAUGUGAAAAAAGAUGCUAAAGAGCUAGCAGUCCAGUGGAAGGCAAAAUUGAGAGCUGAUUCUGAAAAUUCCUUUGAGAUUUUGGGGUUUUUGCAGUUUAUAUCUACAUAUGAAUUGCUUUCUGCCUUUAACAAAGAUGAGAUUGUGAAGCUUUUUGGGAUGAUUUAUCUGGAUGAAAUGGCUCUAAACUCACACCGGACACUUGGUUUUUCAGAUAAGAUCCCUGAUUUGAUUCAGAAUCUUGGCAUCAAGAUUCAACCGCCGGAACGGCACAAAUGUAAGCGUCUCAGACGGCUGAGUGAGCUGCCGUGAUUGCAGAAAAUUUUGAGUGGCUUUACUUCCAUGCAGGAGAAGCAGCUAUUCAGAAUUUGCUUGUGUGGAAGUGGAAACAUGUUCAGAAUUUGCUUGAACUAUCAUGUUUAAAAUAU